GCCGUCAAGAGCAACAUAAAUAUGCAGCUUAUGCAAGUUGAAAACGAAAGAAAGAAAGUGCAUACCACAGUGUUAGAGAUUAAGAAAGACAUUGAUGGUAGAAUGCGUAUGUACACCGAGUUGAAAGGAGUUGGCAAGGAAAUGGUUGCGCAACUACGCGAGGGUCAUCAAAAGGCAACGGAGCUCGAAAGGGAGGUUUAUAGAUCCAUUAGUCUUGACUACGAACGGCAACAACAAGCGGGAGAGCUUGCGAGCAUGCGUGAAAAUAUUUGUCGUACACUUUCUUUGAAGGUUCAACAACUAAAAGAAGCCAGAGAAAGAAUUCGGGUCUCAGACAUUACUAUCGCAUUUCUACAAAAGAAGGAAAAGGAUAUCUGUGACACCUAUGCCAAGUUCUUCAAUGUGUAUAAUCUUCUUAGAAGCCAACGGAAUAAGUCUGUCAAACUGAUGCAGUUAAGCAAUCUCACAAUUCUCGAGCUCAAGGACAAGAUGGGGAUGCUGGAGGUCGAAGUAAACAUGCUGCAGAACGAGGUUUUGUACAAAGAUAAGGUCUUGACGAAGAUGAGGAAAGAGUUUGCCAUCAUUGUUCAACACCGUUUUCUUCUUCGGUCAGAGAUUACGCAGUGCCACAUUGCACUGCAAAAGAAGAAGGAAAUGGCGGAUGAGCACAUGAUAGAAAUUGACAAGCUAAAUGGUCUCCUUCGGAACGCCGAAAAGGACAUGGAAUCGUUCAGAAAACAGUAUGAACAUGCGGUUUUAAGCCGAAACCACACUGGUAUAUCUCUCAUAGAUCGCAACGAUGAGCUUUGUAUCCUUUAUGAGAAGUCUCACGCCCAGGAUGAGCUUCUAAAACAUUCAGAGAUUGAACUUUUGAAACGAGAAAACGAAAUUGCCUUACUCAAGCCGGAGCUCAUCAACCUUGAAAGAUAUAUUCUUCUCUGCUACAAGUCUCUUCCAAAUGCGGUGGAAAUACGCAAGGAGAUCAAGAACGUCAAAAUUCAAUUGAGAUUAACCGUGCAAGAAGGCGAGAGGCUGUCUAAGCUGGUAGAAAAUCCGGAGAACAAAGCUCACUGGAGGCUGCUAGAAGGCACCGACCCGACGGCAAACGAGCUCAUGGCGAAGCUCACAGCAUUGGAGUUCUUCCUCCACCGGAAAGGCGACCAAUCCUUGGAGAAAAACCUUGUCUUGGAGGAGGUGACGGCUCUGGCCGAGGACCUGAAAAAACAGGCGGCUGAUGGCUAUGCCGACGCCGUGGAAACUGUCUCAAAGAUGAGCCGGUUCCAGCGACAGCUUCGACAUGUCACCACGCAAAUGAUGGCCACCGUUUCGGAGCUAUCGCUAACACAAGCAACAGCCAUGAGUUUGAAGCAAGAGAAAGAGUGUCUGGAGGCCGUCCUUUUGGAAGCCUCGGCUCGUCUAGCUAAUGGAGAGCCUCCAACCGCGGAUUGCGAGAGAGAAUGGCACCAUAUGCAGAGGCGCUCGUUCUCGGCGUGUGGAUUCAGCCGGGACGACUCGGAAUUUGGAGAACGAAGAUCUACUGCCGAGCCAAGGCCAAACGCUUACAUUCCAGUUGAUAACUAUGGCCUCCCAAAACCAUUCGGAGGAGCCCAUCCACCAUUCAAGCCCACCGAGCCUGGAGCUUCGUUCCGGCAUAUAAGAAAGCCAGAGCCAAGGCCAGUCGACCUCUAGAAAAAUUUGAAUGGAGAAUAUGCCUCAAAAUA